UCAGUUAGUCGUACAUCAGCAAUCACAGCGUUUGAAAGCAUCGGAGGUCUCGGUAUCGGGUUUACCGGUUCAACUUUCAUUGCGUAAAUUCUCACACGAAUGAAUUCGUACUUUGUUUUAUAACAAAAAAAGUUAGUUCGUGGCAAUUUCAGUUUCGGCUUCGGCCAGCUUUAAAUCGCUCAGAUAUCACACAGAUAGUCGUUUCUCGAGACAGGGAUUGCUCGCAUAUAUAUAUGGUUGUUGUUUUUGUUUGUUUUUGAUGGUUUCUUCAUUUGAGCCGCAAUUAACAUUUUUGUUAACUGGAACUGAAACUGAAACUAAAAUAGAACUGAAAUGUAAAUAUUUUCUGCAAACAAAGGAAACUAAUAAAAUAAAUAAAGCUGAAAUAUAAAUAUUAUCUCACAUUGCAUGUAUGAGUGUACGUACCUGUAUGCUUCGAAAAUAUUUACAAAUGCAUCUUGGCGCUGAAAUGACCGGGAGACACUGAACGAUCAGUUACUUAGCCUGUCGAUCAGUCAACCAGUUAGUAUGUAAGUGACACCGGGUGGUGGCAAGUGAGCACGAGCAACAGGGGAAAAAACGAGCAACGAGAGAAGCAAUAAUAAUAAGAACAACAACAAACACACGCAAAUAAUUAAAAAUAAACAACAACCACAUAGACGAAUAAAAAGCGAGAAAUCGUUGCGCACAUGAAACGCCAGCGACUUAACGAGGCAGCUGAGCUAGGACUUUAAAAAUAAUUUUAAUUAUGGAAUUUAAAUGAUGCAAAGAGAUAAACGAUUUUAUAAUGAGAUCAUGAAAGCAGAAAAAAUCAGUGGAAAUAUUUACACUGCAUACAUACAUACACACAUAUAAAGCACAACUUGAGCAAAAAAUAGUUAGCCCUCUCAAUAUUCACAGCCAGACAACAACCUACAAAAAUUGUUUACUCGCAGUACCACGAAGAGCAGUACCACUUAAGAGCCCACUGACCGAACGAGCCGCUUCAACAAAGCUCAUAUUAAGUUUAAGCCUGUUGCCGGUCAUCUGUGAUACACGAGUUUUGCCAGCACAAUGGCGCCGCAUCCAACUUAUUGGAAAGUGCUGACACGCCGGAAAAUUUUACAAGCCGAGGGUGUGGAGGGCGACACCAAGCUUAAUCGUGUGCUCGGUCUAUUCGAUCUCACCACUUUGGGAGUUGGUUCGACAUUGGGUGCCGGCGUCUAUGUGUUAGCCGGCCAAAUAGCGCGCGAUCAAGCGGGCCCAUCUGUGAUGCUGUCCUUCGCGAUUGCCGCUUUGGCAUCUUUACUAGCUGGCAUCUGCUACGCGGAGUUUGGUGCGCGUGUACCGAAGGCCGGUUCCGCCUAUGUAUACAGCUAUGUUUGCAUAGGCGAGUUUGUUGCCUUUGUGAUCGGCUGGAAUCUGAUGUUGGAGUAUAUUAUUGGCACGGCGAGCGUUUGUCGCGGCAUAAGCCUCUACUUGGACACUUUAAUAAAUGAUACGCUUAAAAACACCUUUGCCGAGAUAGCGCCGAUUAAUGUCAGUUUCUUGGGAAGUUAUUUCGACUUCUUCGCCUUCGGGCUGGUCAUCAUAUUUGGUGUGGCCUUGGCUUUUGGCGUAGAGACUUCGGCUUUUGCGAACAAUUUCUGUACGAGCCUUAAUAUUUUUAUACUGAUGUUUGUGAUUGUAGCUGGUGCAAUCAAAGCCAACUUCGCGAACUGGUCCAUUGAUCCGCAGACCGUUAAUGCCACUAUCAUAACAAAUGACAUCGGGUCCGGUGGUUUCUUCCCGUUCGGGUUUGCGGGUACUCUAAAAGGUGCUGCGACCUGCUUCUUUGGAUUUGUCGGCUUCGACUGCAUCGCCACCACCGGCGAGGAGGUGCGCAAUCCACGGCGGAACAUUCCGCGUUCCAUUUUGCUCUCGCUCUUGAUAAUUUUUCUUUGCUAUUUCGGCGUCUCAACGGUGCUCACACUCAUGGUGCCUUAUUACGAGCAAGAUGCAAAUGCUCCGCUUCCGUUCGCCUUCAAGCAAGUCGGAUGGACAUUUGCCAUGUGGGUGGUGGCUAUUGGUGGCCUCAUCGGCUUAUUUGCCAGCUUAUUCGGCGCUUUGUUUCCAUUGCCUCGAGUCAUGUACUCCAUGGCUGAAGACGGAUUGCUGUUUCGCUUUUUAGGCAAGAUCAGUCCACGCUUUCGUGUGCCGGUGCAUGGUUCCAUCUUUGCGGCAUUGUUCACAUCUUUAAUGGCAGGAUUGUUUAGUCUCCAACAGCUAGUCAGUCUUCUGUCAAUCGGUACAUUGCUGGCUUACAGCGUUGUAGCCAUUUCAGUAACUAUUCUCAGGUAUAUGGACUCCUCAGAUGGUGCGGAUUGUGAAAGUGGUAAUCAGCCGCUAAGCGAAAACUCCAUGCUCACCUCAUCAGGCACACGCAUCACUUCCAAAGCUGUUCUUCUGCAGUUGUUCAAUAUCAAGCGGCUAGACACGCCGAACUCUCUGUCGACUAAGAUCGUUGGCUGUUUGCUCACAGUCUUUUGUCUUCUUUCUCUGGGUAUUGGUGUAAUACUCAAAGAGGCUUACGACGCAUUGCUUCACAACCAACUAUGGGCGCUUAUUUUACUGCCCGUAUUGGUGCUGCUCGCAUUGCUGGUACUGGUCGCUAUUUGUCUGCAACCACGCGAGCCCGUAGUAAAAACAUUCCGCGUGCCGUUGGUGCCACUCAUACCGGCCGUAAGCGUGUUCAUCAACAUUUACCUAAUGCUACAGCUGGAUGUGAUGACUUGGAUACGAUUCGGUAUAUGGAUGUUGAUUGGCAUACCGAUUUUCAUUGCAUGUUGGUGCAUGUAUGACAUUAGUAAUCCUGCUAAACGAAAUCCAGAGCGUAUCGCCUUUGAACGAGCGUUGAAAGAGAGUGCCCGCAACAACAAGCCGCUCAAUGGUCAUUUGGCUAAGAACCUCAAAUCCAAUGGUGCCUUAAAGAAAUCGAAGAGUGCCAAUGGAAUGGCGAACGGCACUAACUUCAGUUCGCAAAAUGAGCGAUCGGUAAAGAGUCUAGACGAAAUUAUGAAUAUGAAUGAAGUCAGUGAUGAUUUGAUCGAGAUGAGGCAUCCAAACGGCAAAGUUUUCUAUAUUGAAGAUAAUCGUAGUCAUACAUCUAAGAGUUCAAUGGAAAAGGCAGAUGCCGAUAAGGACGGAUCACGUGAGGAUGAAAAAUCUGUAAUCGCAAUGCUAGACGAUGUAUUGCAGGCUGCGGACACUGGCAUUACAAUCACAUCAAACAUGCCCGAUUAUCGAAAAUUCAGCGUAGACUCGGAGAUGCUGCCUAGCGUCAUUGAGAUGAAUACAGUGGCGACGGUGCAUACCAGCAGCAACUCAUCGGAUGACUUGGAGGCAGUGCCUGAAGUAGAGAGCAAUAAGAGUUCGAACAGCAACAGCCUUAGCGGUGCGACUGAGCGUUUCACCGCCAGCCAGCAGGCCGCACAGCAACUAGUCGAUGAAAUUUUGAAUAGUACACUGCUGAUAGAUGCUUUGGAGCGACACAAGUUUCUUAAUGAAGCAGUGAAUCUUCAAUUUUCAGAACCAACCGAAGCGAUGAAAGAUGGAAAAGCCCAAAAAACGCAAGAGUAUCUAACUGAAGGUGCUACUGAAAUAACUCAGAAUGAUGCCGUAAAAGUGCAGGCAAAUGGUGCGGCGAAACUCACACGCACAAACUCAGAAGCUUCUAUGCUCUCCAUCGAAGAUCCCAUACAUUCGGACCAAUUCAGGAAUAGACUUAGCAAAAUUCUAAUGGGCCCACCUGCACAAGUGUCCACAUACAAACCAGUCACACAGCAAACGCUGUCAACAGAUAGUUACUCCCCUCGCCCGCAGCUGAAACACUCUAAAAGUGAAGCUGACGUACGCCAACUUGUGCUCAAAGCUAUUGAAGGCACCGGAGUGGCUAGAUUAGACAGCGAACUGUCCAAGCGCGAGUCAAAUGGCGAGGAUAUACCAAUACCACCAAAAUUCGAUCCAAUACUCUACAAAACAAUCAACAGUCUUCGGCACAAUAAAGAACGGCCCAGUCUCCAGCGACUAAUGGAGAACGACGAACAGAUACUCGGCCAGAAAGCAGCCAUCGUCGCAAAAGCUGCUGAGCCAACCAACGAACCAGCGCUACCGUUUAAGCAAAAAUUAGAAGCGGCGCUCAAACGAGGCCCAUCGCAUCGUACGCAAAAGCGCCCGGAACCAAUACCAACACGACGACCCAAGUCGGUAGGACCAAUGUCAGUGCAAGAAGAAGCGGAAACUACCCAAACCAAACAGCGUGGCAAGGUGCCCAGGCGAAGCGCGCAGUCGGAAAGUAAUCUCGCCACAAAACCUGCCGAAGGAACGGAGUUGAUUAGUAACGCACGAAAUCUACUGAAACAUGUGCCAAAUGGAACUAUCGAACUGUACGGAUAGCAGCAGGAAUGCAAUGAUGGGGCAAACCUAUUUACCUGGGCGUAUUUGUAUUUACUUAUUCGUAUGAACUGCAUUUUAGUAUUGUAGUUUUUAAAGAUAUUUAUUGUUGGAAUUUAUUAAACAAAUACUUAUGUAGUUAAAAAUACUAAAGCUCAAACGGCCCAAAGCCCAAAGCUCAAAAGCUUUGUUCUAGUUUACGUAGUAUUUCGUGGGUUGAACCUACUAAUAUGUGUUAUUAAAUAUACAUGUGUGCCUGUGUGUGUGUGUGCAUGAACAUACAAAGCUAAAUUGACCAAAUUAAAGCAUGCUUUGAAUAUUAACAGCGAUCUUCACAGUAGAGCUCGAAAAAGCUUUCCCAAGAAAUCUAACAAAGUCACAAAAUGGAAAAGUUGACAAGCGAAAAAUUUUCUUACAGUUGCAACCUUUGUGGAUAAAUUAAAAUUGCAUGUGAAUAUGUAGCUCUGAUUUGCUAUUUUUAUUUCUUUCGUUUACUAAAAAGAAACUACCAUUACCAUUAAUGUGCAACUUUCUUCCAUUUGUGCGUGUGUAUGUGUGUAAUACGUGGAAUAUAACUGAAGCAUGCAGCCGUCGUGGCACUAUGCGCCACAUAAUCGGCGCUUAAGCAAGUAAUAAUAAUAAUGCAGCCAUCGUGAGGAAUAUCGACUUAUUUUGCAUGCCAUGGCCCCAAUAUUAGUUGUAAAUUAAUCUAGCAGUAGAAUGUCCCGUUUGGUUUGUAAAAAUUAU